AUGGAACCUUACGUAGCAGCGUAUUCUAUGAUGUCCUUGGGGAGGACUUUUGACGGAUCGCUUUUGAGACGGCUCGUGCUGUUGACCCUAACGCCAAGCUUGGUGAGCGGUAUAUUCAACAAGGUCAAGAGCUGGAUCGCAGCAGCGAUCCCGAUCUGUGGAAUUGCCCUCAAUACUUUGAGUUGUGCAGGAGCUUCUAAGAUUGCCAUCCCUGAACUUGACAUUGCAGAUGCUAGCUCUACCGACUAUAUGAAUGUUAUUUUUGCCAAUAACGCAAACGAGAAAUGGAUUUAUACUAAUUACGUUUACCUUCAGGUUAUCGAAGCUUGUCCUGGCUAUGCUAGGUGUGUGGAAAUUACUGUUUGGGGUGUUGCUAAUCCGGUAAAGGACGACCUUUGCGAUGAGAGAGCAUUCACAGACGCGCUAAUAGAAAAUGCAUUCUUAGGAUCUCUUGUGUGCUAG